UUGAUUUCUGAACAAAUGUUUUUUUUUUAAAGGAGGAGAUUACUUGGAUGCUGAAAGAAGAGAAUAUUUGUAAAUUGUUAAAUGGCUUGAAUGAUCUAAUUGAUGAAAACCCAGAAAAAGGAAAGAAGGGAUGGCGCCCCUCUGGCAAUGCUGCUGAGGACGUGCUCGCUCACACUGCUCCCUAUAAACUGAAGGAGAAGGAACGCUUACAAGGAAUCUUGUCAGAUCUGCAGUCCCAGAAUAAACUUCUUAAGGAUGCACUCCGAGCCAAACAGACAAGACUUCAGAAUACACAGCAGAGGAUAGAACAGAAGGCAGAGCAGUGGAAACAGAUUGAUGAAAUGGCUGACAGAUUUGAUGUAGAAGAGGCAAAGCAGUUUCUUGUGAAAUAUUCCAAUUAUUCCAGCAUAAGAUGAUAAGACGUUUUCAAACUAUUUAAAGUACAUGUACAUGUAUUUUGUUUAUUCCAACGUUAAAUGGUUCAAAGUUGUGCUGAACUUUAUACUGUUAUAUGAUGUUCUGGUUUUGACAAUUAGGAGGCAAUAGGUCUUGAACCUUUUGUUUAUUUGCUGUAAUACAUCUUUCCUAUAAAAGAUUUAAAGUAAAAUUAUUUACUGAAAGAGAAUGACAAAAAAUAAAUCAACCAUAAAAUCUCUUCAUCUCUUAAAAAUCUAGAAGAGGUUUAAUAUUUUUCCCCAGUCUCACUAUGUUGAUCAUUGAAAUACUGAGACACAAUUUAUUUCAAAUUUUAAAACGGAAAACUUUUGGAAAAAAUAAGAUCAAAACCAGGAUUUAUAGUACAGACUUAUUAAACAAAAAUGGCUAGUCCUAUCCAAUUUUUACUACCUGGUAAUUUCUGACAAAUAUGAGCUAAUUUCAAUGUUUUGCUUUUGUAAAUGUUCAAUAUUUAUACCACAAUUACCAUAUUAAACACUUGUGAAUACUCUGCAAUGGGACAUGUAUAGUGAUAAGAUUGAAAGAAAUUUUUGAAUGUAGAUUUUUAUCAGUCAUUGAACUUUUAACCUUGAGCCUUAUAAGUAAGAGUAGUGGUAAUUGAUUUUUCCUCUGUUCAGUAAAGUUUUAGCUCUACUUGUCAGAGACCAUAAGAGCUUAAGCAAUAGUAAAGUGGUUGUCCGAUGAACGGUGUCACCAUGGUUACUAAAAUUGAAAUUUUUGUGAAAUACUUUCAAAAUAAUUGUCAUUAUUGUAUUUUUGGUUUUGAUAAAUGAAGUUACCAUGGUAACUAAAAUUGAAAUUGCUGUAAAAUUUCUUUAAGGACAGAUGAUACAAACAAAAAAAUCGAUGCCUGGAUUGGUAUAUAUUUCUGGGCCUAAUUUCAUUGAAAAUGAUGCAAAUAAUAAAUUUCUAGAAUAUAAAGAUAUUGUAAACCUUCUAUGAUAUUCAAAAUUCUUUAUCACUAAAACCAUCCUUAUUAGUCUAUACAAAUAUUUUUCACUUCAAAUCCCAUUUUUGUGAAAAUUUGAAUAAAAAU